CUUACGAGAUGAAUGAAUCAUCUGCUCACUUUCUAUUCACACCCGCAAGAGGAAAAGAAAAUCAGAGCAAAUGAGAUUUUUCUGUUCUUUCUCUGCGCAAAACUAACUCACUUGUUUCUUUCUCUUGCAAACCACAGAGGGAGAGGAAGAGAGAAAGAGAGAGAUGCCAGAAUAUUGUGUAACAGGUGGGACAGGGUUCAUAGCAGCUUACUUGGUGAAGUCCCUGCUAGAAAAGGGCCACACUGUAAGGACAACCGUGCGGGAUCCAGGGGAUUCUGCAAAAGUUGGCUUUCUUAGAGAGUUAAACGGAGCCAAGGAGAGAUUAAGGAUAGUGAAAGCCGAUUUGUUGGUGGAAGGAAGUUUCGAUGAGUCAAUCCAAGGCGUUGAUGGCGUCUUCCACACUGCAUCACCAGUUCUCGUUCCUUAUGAUGAUAACAUUCAGGCAACUUUGAUCGAUCCAUGUAUUAAGGGAACCAUGAAUGUGCUGACCUCCUGCGCCAAAGCUAGUAGCGUGAAACGAGUUGUGCUGACCUCUUCCUGCUCUUCAAUAAGAUAUCGAUAUGAUGUCCAACAAGUUUGCCCCCUCAACGAGUCGCACUGGAGCGAUCCUGAGUACUGCAAAUGCUACAACCUCUGGUACGCUUACGCAAAGACUAUAGGGGAGAAAGAGGCAUGGAGAAUAGCUAAGGAAAGAGGGAUUGAUCUAGUGGUGGUGAACCCCUCUUUUGUUGUUGGUCCAUUGCUUGCCCCACAACCCACAAGUACCCUGCUUCUUAUACUUUCCAUUGUUAAAGGUUUGCGAGGCGAAUAUCCAAACACAACUGUGGGUUUUGUGCACAUAAAUGAUGUGAUUGUUGCUCAUAUUUUAGCAAUGGAGGAUAGCAGAGCAUCAGGCAGGCUAGUUUGUUCAAGCUCAGUAGCUCACUGGUCAGAGAUAAUUGAGAUGCUGAGGGCCAAAUAUCCCUCUUAUCCAUACGAGAACAAGUGUAGCAGCCAGGAGGGAGACAACAACCCACAUAGCAUGGAUACCACCAAGAUUGCUCAAUUGGGAUUUCCUCCUUUCAAAACAUUACAACAGAUGUUUGAUGAAUGCAUCAAGAGUUUCCAAGACAAGGGGUUUCUUUAAAACCCACGAUUAUGCCUGAAGCUUCAACGUGCAUGCUCCUUGCUGUUGAAAAAUAAUAACAAUAAAUAAUGUGUGCUCCUUUUGGGCCGUGGGUUGUGGAAUUGGGUCAUAAGAUUUGCUAAUGUAACAAAAAUAAUCAUCUUUUUGGGCUGUGGGUGAUUCAAUUGGGCCUACGUCCUUGAUGAAUGGCAUUUUUGUCCAUUUGGGCAAAUGAAAACCAAUAUAUACAUGUUUUAUGCAAUUGGGUGACCAUACGAUGAUAUGUCGCUCCUUUGCAUUACACCCA